UUAUAAUUUGGGUAAAUAAGCAGAUGGUUUUUUUUAUGUUUUUGUCGCCAAAGAAAUUCACUUGUGUAAGAAUCUAACCAAGUGUUUGUACGAAUACCGUAGUAUCCUUGCACUUGGAAAUGUUGCAUGACCACAGUGGUUUAGUCCCGUACCGUAUCAACAUAUCGUGACCGUUUUUACAAGUACUAUUACGAUGAAGCACUCCGCGGUCUUGUAAAAAGCGUAUAGCACUUUCUGCGUCAUUGCACACUGAACAUAACAUAUCGUAAUUAAAACGAGCUAUAGAUCGAUCAGAGAACUGAUUUUUGGCAAUGAAACGUGACAAUAUCGAGAUAAAUAUAAUGGGGUACGAUAACGGGAAUCGGUAUAUCUCGGCCACCACCGCCGGCGGCCGACCGUUUUGGUACGAUAACCGAAAAGUACCAUGUAUUGUACUAUGAAUCUAUUAUAAGCAACUGUUUUUUAAUGAGGCUGAGUUUUUGUAACAGAGCAUCUGGUAGUCUUUCGAGUCAUUGUGUAUUCAAUCAAUUACGUAACAUAUCGAAGAUGGCGAACUUAAAAGAAGUUGUGUCUACAUUAGAAAAAAUGGCACCCUUAUCACUAGCAGAGUCGUGGGACAACGUAGGUUUGUUGAUCGAACCAGAUGUCAAGAAAUCAAUAGAAUGUGUUUUCCUUACCAACGAUCUGACUGAAGAUGUACUUGAAGAAGCCCAGAAUGCUAAAGCUAAUCUCAUUAUAUCCUACCAUCCUCCAUUAUUCAAACCGUUCAAAAGGAUUAUUUUAAAAAAUUGGAAGGACCGUAUCACAAGCCGUUGUUUAAGCCAGGGAAUUGCAGUUUAUUCUCCUCAUACUUCAUGGGAUGCUGUAAAGGAAGGUUUAACCGAUUGGUUAAUAAGUUGUUUUGACGGUAGUGUAACUGUAUUACAACCGCAUAGUGAAAAUCCUGAAUUUAGUCAUAUUGUGACUGUGGUAUCGGACACGUGUGAAGAUUCGCCAUUGAUAGUAGUCAAUGCAUUCAUGGAACUUUACCCUCAAUUCAAACUUAACAAUGAUUUAAAGAUUUUAAGUACCGGACAUACUCAACUUAAAUUGUUGUGUAAUUCAAAUAUCUUGUCGUUAUUUAACGAAAUGACUAAGUAUCACUAUAUGUCUGCGUUUGUUCAAAAAAAUGAAAUGAUUCCAGAGACAGAUGUGGGUACUGGACGACUUUGUCAUUUUAGAGAAGGCUUGACAAUCAGAAACGUUAUUCAACGAGUAAAAUGUCAUUUAAAAGUCAAUAAUCUAAUGGUUGCACUGGCCAGAGGAUCAACAUUGGAGUCCACGAUCAACUCAGCAGCCACUGUUGCCGGUUCUGGUGCGUCCGUAUUAAACGGUGUUAACGCCGAUUUGUACCUGACUGGCGAAAUGUCUCAUCAUGAAAUAUUGGACGCGGUGCACAACAACGUGACAGUAAUUCUGGCCAACCACAGCAAUACUGAGCGGGGUUAUUUGAAAGUGUUCGCUGACAAUUUGUCACAGAAAAUUCCGCAGUUAAGGGUGUGCAUCUCGAACGUUGACAGAGAUCCGCUAUUGUUUGUUUAACGAAAAAAAUUAUAUUCUUGUUGGACAUUUUUUGACCUUCAACUUGUCCUUAUUUAACUCUUAAUAACCAUAUAAUACAACAUUUAUUAUAUCUUACUCGUGUUAUACGUUAUAUGUUUAAUGUAUAUUUGUAUACGCUCGUAAUACAAGUUGUUACAAUGUACAUGUGGUAAGAAUAUAUAAUUACUCCGUAUUAACAAA